GGCGCCGGGGGCGGUCCCUGCGGGGCGGGCCGGCGCUCUGUGUGGCCGCAGCCAUGAAGCCGCAGCCGCCGGGCUAGGCCCGCGGCGGCUCCAGCCCAGGGCGGCCCGCUGAGGGCUGGGCCCACUCCCCGGCUCCGGAUCCCGGGCCGGAGGGUGGCCACUCACCAUGCCUGGCAAGCACCAGCACUUCCAGGAACCCGAGGUCGGCUGCUGCGGGAAAUACUUCCUGUUUGGCUUCAACAUUGUCUUUUGGGUACUGGGAGCCCUGUUCCUGGCCAUUGGCCUCUGGGCCUGGGGUGAGAAGGGUGUUCUCUCCAACAUCUCAGCGCUGACAGAUCUGGGAGGCCUUGACCCAGUAUGGCUGUUCGUGGUGGUUGGAGGCAUCAUGUCUGUGCUGGGUUUUGCAGGCUGCAUUGGGGCCCUCCGGGAGAACACCUUCCUGCUCAAGUUUUUUUCUGUGUUCCUCGGCCUCAUCUUCUUCCUGGAGCUGGCAACAGGGAUCCUAGCCUUUGUCUUCAAGGACUGGAUUCGAGACCAGCUCAACCUCUUCAUCAACAACAACGUCAAGGCCUACCGGGAUGACAUUGACCUCCAGAACCUCAUUGACUUUGCUCAGGAAUAUUGGUCUUGCUGCGGAGCCCGAGGGCCCAAUGACUGGAACCUCAAUAUCUAUUUCAACUGCACUGACUUGAACCCAAGCCGGGAGCGCUGCGGGGUCCCCUUCUCCUGCUGCGUCAGGGACCCUGCGGAGGAUGUCCUCAACACUCAGUGUGGCUAUGAUGUCCGGCUCAAACUGGAACUGGAGCAGCAGGGCUCCAUCCACACCAAAGGCUGUGUGGGCCAGUUUGAGAAGUGGCUGCAGGACAACCUGAUCGUUGUGGCUGGGGUCUUUGUGGGCAUCGCCCUCCUCCAGAUUUUUGGCAUCUGCCUCGCCCAGAACCUUGUGAGUGACAUCAAGGCAGUGAAGGCUAACUGGAUCAAACAUGAUGAUGGCUACAAACUACUCAGAUAAAACUUUGAAAACCACUGGCUUGUGCCCACCAUCUUGGAGGUUCUAUCAGCUGUGGGACCUCAACAUAACUCCGGUGAGGGCCCUUGGCUCAGACCCAACCUCUCUACAAGGUUUCUUUGGCCUGUGUAGUUUAUACAUUAGAGACAACCUUUAAAAAUUGGUACAUUUCACAUAAAAGACCAGAUUCCCUGCUUCUCUUGAAGAAUGACCAUUGGGCCACACCAGCUCUUCAGUGGCAACUUUACUUGGGACAUAAGUUUCCUUGGUCACUGAGAUUCUGCCUGGCCUAUUCUCACCUAAGUGCCCUGCCUGACCCCCUACAGGCUGGGAGUUGGCUUCCCCUGCCUCUGGAUUAUUCCCUGAAAAUGUCACAAGGCUGCUGUGGCCAAGACUCAAGAAAAGCACAGGGAUAUGAAGAAUGAGGAUGCUGUACCCCCCCCGAAGAGUGUCUGCCUGGAAGGAGUCAGGCCCUGCUGGGGACUGAGGUGGGUGACAGAAUACCCAGGGAAUGGCUGAAUGGUAGGAUGGCAGUCAAGAAGAGUUUGCAAAGGAAUCAACUGAAAGCCCAAAGCGUGACCCCAUGAAGUUAAAAGGAACCUGUUUGGGAGGCUACUGAUGGUUGGUUCCUGGGCUUGGAAUCAGGUUUGAAAGUCUUCAGAAGAGCUAUCUGAUGGCCACCAGAGGGCGAACCAGCACAGCAUUCCCUGGGUCUGGCUUCUUCCUUCUGCAACCUCACUCACCCCAGUGAAGCCAGGUGCCUACCCUGCUUAUUAGUGCUUCCAGGCUUGCAGAAUUUGAAAACUUCUAAUGGAGCAAACAAGCUCAGGCUUGGGAAAUCUGCCUCUUAUCAGCUACAUGAAUGGGUGCGUGUGGAAUGACUCUGCUCCACCCCUCCCUGGGCCAUAGAUGAAGAGGGGGAGGUGGUAAGCUAGUACAGAGGUCUGGUAGGUUAUACAAAUGAAGGAAGAUGGUUUUAGAGUCACGAUGCCUACUUCAGUUUGACUUGACCACCUGAAGACCAGACACACAGACGUUGUACCUUGUGAUGAGAAAUGUUUGUGCAAUCCAUUUGAAAGUGGCAACUUGCCUUGGAGAACAGGAUGUCAUGGAGGCUGUGACAAAACACAGGUCUUCAGCAGAAGGUGGUAGCUGCUAUUCAGUUGUAGCUGGCUGUUGUGAUAUGGGAAUGCAGGUCUGUCAUCAGAAAUAUAGAGAAGCCACAAACAGAUUUCAAUGUGAGAUAGUCCGGAUUUUUAAGUUGUUGGCGAGUAGUUAAAAAAUUAACUGUAAGCCAAACAACAGCAUAGGACCCAGCUUUGGCACCUAUGCCACCAUAGAUCCCUUGGGGACAGGGACCCUGGCUGCUUAACCAUUCAGGUAUGCUGGGAGCUGCUGUCACGAGGCAGGGUGUGAGGCAUGCACCCAGCACCCUUGUUCACCGUUCAGGCUGGGCGGGGUCCUAGAGUUCCUGACAGGCAUUGACUGUGGGUGGUUUGUUCAUGCUAUAAUAAAUGCAGCUCAAAAUACUGUGAGUAUGUCUUGCAUUUC